AGGAGGAGGAGGAAGGAUGAAUCCGGCGGAUGGAGGAGGAGAAGCGGGCCCGGACGGCUUGACCACGGCAGGUUCUGGUAAAGCAGAGUCUGUCCGUGCAGUCGAUGUCCUGACGGUGCUCAGAGAGAAAGUGGCCUUCGUGUCGGGUGGACGAGACAAACGAGGUGGACCAAUCUUGACCUUUCCUGCCAGGACCAACCAUGAUCGAAUAAAGCAGGAAGAUCUGAGCCGACUGGUGACCUACCUGUCUACCAUACCCAGUGAGGACGUGCGUGCUCGUGGCUUCACCGUGGUGGUGGACAUGCGCGGCAGUAAGUGGGACAGCGUAAAGCCGGUGCUGCGGACACUGCAGGAGUCCUUUUCCUCCAACAUCCACACGGCGCUGCUCAUCAAACCGGACACUUUCUGGCAGAAACACAAGACCAACCUGGGCAGCGCCAAGCUCAGCUUUGAGACCAGCCUGGUGUCGGUGGAGGGUCUGUCGCGGCUCGUCGACCCCUCUCAGCUCACCUCUGACCUGGGCGGCUCGCUGGAGUACGAUCAUGUGGAAUGGACCGAGCUCCGUCUGGGUCUGGAGGAGUUCUCAGGGGGCGCCACUCAACUGCUGGCCCAGCUGGAUCAGCUGGAAGCUGGUCUGAACCGCAUACCAGAACCUCAGGAUGUGGACGAGGCCCGAAAACUUCUGGAGGAGCACGGACGUCUUCGCAACACCAUUACCACCGCCCCAGUCGAUGCCCUCGACCGGGAGGGGAAGAGCCUGCUUCAGCGCAUGCGACUGGGCCCCUCCCACGGCGACGCCUCUAAUGAAGGUGCUGGCGGUGGAGGUACAUGGUUGUCAGGUGGUGCGGACUUCCAGAGUGUGGCGCCCAAGGUUUCGUCCCUGCUGGAUCGGCUGCAGACGGCUCGUGCCCACCUGCUUCAGAGCUGGGCUGAUAGGAAGCUACACCUGGACCAGGCUUUGCAGUUGCACCUGUUUGAGCAGGACGCCACCAAGAUGUCAGAAUGGAUCGCUCACAGUAAAGAGCUCUUCAUGCAGAGUCUGGUAGAAGUGGGUCAAAACCACCAGCAUGCUGUCGACCUACAAACACAACACCAGCACUUCACCGCCAACUGCAUGAACGGCAGCGUGAACGUGGACAGCGUGGUUACCGUGGCUGCAAGACUAGCAGAGGCCGGUCACUACGGAGCGGAGCGGAUCGCCAUAGUGUCGUCAAGGUUACAGGAAGACUGGAAGUCCCUGACAAUGGCGCUGGAGGAGCGCAGCAACACGCUUGCCAUGGCAACAGGCUUCCACCAAGGAGCAGAACAGUUCCUGCUCCGUGUGGAGGGAUGGGUUCAGGUGUGCUCUGAAGGAGUGUUGCCAUCGGCGACAGCAGAGCUGGAAGCUGCAGUGAAAAAACACCAGGAGCUGAAUGAGGAAAUCUCUGCAAACUAUACACAGGUCAGUGAAAGUGGUAAAGCCUUACUGGAUGUCCUCCAACGUUGCCUGGCAACCGAGUCUGAUGAGUCAGCAACCAAACCAGAUUUCACUGCUGCCACACACGCCAUAAUGGGAGUCCUGCACCAGGUGAUGCAGGGUCACCAUGAGGUGGAGGGGGCCUGGCAGCAUCGGAAGCUUCGACUCCACCAGCGCCUGCAGCUGUGCGUGUUUCAGCAGGAUGUUAGACAGGUGCUGGACUGGGUGGAGCAGCAUGGAGAGGUUUUCCUGAACAAACACAGUGGUGUUGGGAAGUCUCUGCACAGAGCGCGCGCGUUGCAGAAACGCCAUGACGACUUCCAGCAGGUUGCACAGAACACUUACACUAAUGCAGAGAAGCUUCUGGAAGCAGCAGAUCAGCUGGCUCAGUCUGGAGAGUGUGAGGAGGAGGAGAUCUACCAGGCAGCCCGAGACCUGGAGCUCCGCAUGCAGGCGUUCAUUCAGCGGGUUGAACAGAGGAAGCUGCUCCUGGACCUGGCUGUGUCUUUCUACACACAUACAAAGGAGCUCUCGGUGUGGAUGGAAGGCCUUCAGAAGCAGCUCUCCUCAGAUGUUCUUGGUUGCCCGGACACCAUGGAGGCUCUGCAGACUUUAAUCAGCCAGCAACAGCAGCAGCAAGCCAACACACAGGAAGCUGCGAUGAGUGUCAUCCGGGAAGGAGAAGACCUCAUCCUGCAACUCAGGCCCCAGGGCAGCUCGGUGGCCCAUGUGGAGUGGGUUCUGCAGCAGUUGGAGGAGUCCCAUGCUCAGCUUGAGGAACUUUUCCACCAAAGGAAGAUCCGGCUGGACAUUUACCUGCAGCUACGCAUACUGCAGCAAUGCACGCUGGAGGUAACGGGUGAAAUGGAUGCCUGGAAACAGGAUCUCCAAAAGCAGUCCCAGGACUUUUCUUCUGAGAAGCUAGCAUCGGCACGGCUAGCUGAAACAAACCAGGACAAGCUAAACCAGGACAAGCUAGCAUUGGGCCAGUCACGUCUGGUGGAGGCUAGCCCCGAGGCGCUAACGCUAGCACAGCAGCGUAUUCACAGGCACAUGGAGCGGAGGCUGGCAAUGAACAACAUGGUUUAUGAGGUCAUCCAGCAAGGUCAUGACCUUCAGCAGUACAUCACAGAAGUACAGGCAUCAGGUGUGGAGCUGUCGGAGGUGGAGGGGGGCCUCUCCUCUCAGGUGGAGGAGAUGCAGCGCCUACUGCAGGACAAACAAAAGGAACUGCAGCAGAUUGCAGAUAACACACACACACAUCUGGAGCAGAACCUGCAGCUGAGGCACCUGCAGAGCCAGGUCAAACAGGUCCUGGGCUGGAUAUCGGAGGGGGAGGUGAUGCUGUCGUCCUGCAUGUUGAACUCCAGCUGUCUGUCUGAAGCCGAGCAGCUGCAGAGGGAGCAUGAGCGCCUCCAACAGGCCAUAGAGGCUCUCCUCCAUGCUGACUCCCUGCAGAGGACCCAUCAGGUGGCUCUGGCCCUGCAGCAGAGAGCAGAGCUGCUGGUCAGGUCAGGCCACUAUGAUCCAGAUGCAGUGAGGUCUUGUGCCCAGACGGUGGCGCUGCACUGGCAGACUCUGAUGCUGAGGAUAGAGGACAGGCUCAAACUGGUCAACGCAUCUGCCGCCUUCUACAGAACAUCACAGCAGGUGUGUGGGGUCCUGGAGAGUCUGGAGCAGGAGUACCGCAGGGAGGAGGACUGGUGUGGAGGAGGGGAGAGGCAGCCGGAGCAGCUGGUGCCCCUCAUCAACAAACACAUGGAGCAGAAGGAGGCCUUCCUAAAGGCCUGUACUCUGGCAAGGCGGAAUGCUGAGGUUUUCCUCAAGUACAUUCAUCGCAACAGUGUUACCAUGGCGAACAUCUCCGGCCACAGCGUCACUGUCUCCGGAGUAACCGGGGUCACUGAGGUCACUGGGCACUCCAGGGUGCCUGAGCAACAAGUCAAAGGUAUCCUGAGUGAGCUCCUCCAGAGGGAAAACAGAGUUCUUCAUUUCUGGACUUUGAAGAAACGUAGACUGGAUCAGUGCCAACAGUAUCUGAUGUUCCAGACCCACGCCCAACAGGCAAUGGAUUGGCUGCAGCAGUCAGGUGACCACUACCUGGCAACGCACACAUCGCCGGGGGCAACAAUGACUGAGACGCAGGAUCUACUGAACCAACAUAGAGAGUUCUGCAUUUCUGCUAAGCAUACACAGGAGAAGGUUCACCUGCUAAUCCAGCUAGCCGAAAGCAUGCUGGCUAAAGGCCAUGCCCACCGCACCGAGCUGCGCCGCUGCGUUUCCACGGUGGACAAACGUUACCGUGACUUCACCGUCAGGAUGGGACAGUACCGCCACCUGCUGGAGGCAGCGCUGGGGGGAUGCUCCCAGGACAAUAAAGACUUGGAGCUGGAGCUGAUCCCCAACAGUUUGUCGGACUCGGACCCUGAGGUCAACCUGUCAGACCCGAGUCACCAGGUCAGCGACGAGAAGAGACGCUCCGCCCGCAAGAAAGAGUACAUCAUGGCUGAGCUCCUCCAGACAGAAAGAGUGUAUGUCAGAGACCUGCAGGAGUGCAUCGAGACGUACCUGUGGGAGAUGACCAGUGGCUCAGAGGACAUCCCGCCUGGCCUCACCAACAAGGACGAUGUUGUGUUUGGAAACAUUCAGGACAUCUACGAGUUCCACAACAGUAUUUUCCUGAAGGAGCUGGAGAACUACGAACAGCUUCCUGAGGACGUGGGACACUGCUUCGUUACCUGGGCUGAUAAGUUCCACAUGUAUGUGACGUACUGCAGGAACAAACCGGACUCCAGUUUACUGAUCCAGCAACACGGCGUGGGAUUUUUCGAGGAGGUCCAGAGGAGACACGCUUUAGCAAACUCCAUCUCCUCAGCUCUCAUUAAACCAGUCCAGAGGAUCACCAAAUACCAGCUUCUGCUCAAGGAGCUGCUGGCCUGCUGUGAGGAGGGUAAAGGGGAGAUAAAGGAAGGCCUGGAUGUGAUGCUGAGCGUCCCGAAGAGAGCAAAUGAUGCGAUGCAUGUCAGCAUGUUGGAAGGUCUGGAGGAAGGUUUGGAGGUGCAGGGCGAACUCCUCCUGCAGGACUCCUUCCUGGUCUGGGAGCCGAAAUCUCUGAUCAGAAAGGGACGAGACCGACACCUUUUCCUCUUCGAGCUGUCGCUCAUCUUCAGCAAGGAGAUGAAAGACUCGUCUGGACGGACCAAAUACCUCUACAAGAGCAGGCUGAGGACGUCUGAGCUGGGUGUGACAGAGCACAUAGAAGGAGAUCCCUGCAAGUUCGCCCUGUGGGUUGGACGAACACCCACCUCCGACAACAAGACUGUCCUGAAGGCGGCAUCGUUGGAGCUGAAGCAGGAGUGGGUUCGCAGUAUCCGACAGGUGAUCCAGGAGAGGCGGGGUCACCUGCGGGGGGCACUGAGGGAGCCCAUCCCCCUCCCCAAGACACCCAACCCCACCCUGGGACGACAGCGCAGCAUCACCCGCAGGGAGACGAGCGAGGACGCAGACAGUCUGGGUGAUGCCAGCAGUCAGCCCGACACCGUCUCCAUCGCCUCCAGGACGUCUCAGAACACCGCCGACAGCGACAAGCUGUCUGGAGGCUGUGAGUUAGUGGUGGUGCUGCUGGACUUCGCCGCCGGCGGACCAGGAGAGCUCGGUGUUCGCUGCGGUCAGACGGUGGAGCUGGUGGAGCGCUCGGCGGACCGGCCCGGGUGGUGUCUGGUCAGGACUACGGAUCAGACGCCCCAGCAGGAGGGUCUGCUGCCCAUGAGCGCCCUCUGCCUGUCACACUCCCACAGUGCAGCCGACAUGGAGGGGCUCAUCCCGGCCUCCACCACAUCCUCAAGCACCUCCUCCACCUGCACCACCACAUCCUCUUCCUGCAACUCCUCCUCCACCACCACCACCUCCACCUCUAAUUCCUCCUCUGCCGUUAGCACUGGGAAGGACUCCAGUCUGUGCAGCUCUGAGGGUUCAGGCCUCCAGACUCAGACCAGCAACCAAAGUGCCACCUCACCAACGGUGGGUGGAGUAGGUGGGGCUCCAGGGGGCGCUGUGGGGUCUCCAGGGCCCAAACGCAGUGGUUCUGGAACUGGGAACACUCUGAAGCGCUGGUUAACCAGUCCUGUCCGGAGGCUGAGUCAGGGAAAAGCUGACGGGCAGAAAAAGCCUCCAAUCAGAGCCAGGAGGCGGGACAACCGGCCAGAACUGGCUACACCGCUCACUGUCAACGCACAGAUGAAAGCAAGGAAGGAAGAGGCGGGGCAAAGUGGAGGGGAGGAGGAGCCUGAGGAGGAAAGCCACACCCCUCUACCACCUCCUAUGCAGAUUAUCAAAGACCCCAAUAACCCUGAGGCCCUGGACUCUGAUCAGGGAUCCAACGAGUCAGACACCGAACAGAGAAACAAAGCACUUAGAGGACGCAUGUUUGUUGUCAAUGAGAUGGUUCAAUCAGAGAAGGACUAUGUGAAGGAUCUGGGAGUGAUCGUAGAGGGCUUCAUGUCCAGACUGGAGGUCAGAGGGAUUCCUGAGGACAUGAGAGGAAAAGACAAGAUCGUGUUCGGCAACAUCCAGCAGAUCUACGACUGGCACCGCGACUUCUUCCUGGUGGAGUUGGAGCGUUGUGUCCAGAACCAUGACCUGCUGGCUGACCUCUUCGUCAGACACGAGCGCCGACUGCACAUGUACAUAGUUUACUGUCAGAACAAGCCGAGGUCAGAGUUCAUCGUCAUCGAAUAUGAGACGUUCUUUGAGGAGAUCCAGCAUGAGAUCAGUUGCAGGAUGUCCAUCAGCGACUAUCUGAUCAAACCCAUCCAGAGAAUCACCAAGUACCAGCUGCUGCUCAAGGAUUUUCUCAAAUACACAUCCAAAGCCGGACUGGACUGUGAGGAGAUCGAGAAAGCAGUGGAGCUGAUGUCAUUGGUUCCCAAACGCUGCAACGACAUGAUGAACCUGGGACGCCUGCAGGGAUACGAGGGAAAGCUGACGUCUCAGGGGAAGCUGCUGCAGCAGGAAACGUUCUGCGUCUGGGAGCAGGACGGAGGAGUUUUGUCUCGCAGCAAAGAGCGCAGAGUUUUCCUCUUUGAGCAGAUCGUCAUCUUCAGCGAGCUGCUGCGAAAAGGCUCCAGCAACCCGGGAUACCAGUUCAAGAACAGCAUCAAGGUGAGCUACCUGGCGAUGCAGGAAAGUGUGGAUGGCGACCCCUGUAAGUUUGUGUUGUGGUCCCGCGGCUCGGCGGAACGGUUCACUCUGCAGGCAUCCUGCGCCAGCAUCAAGAUAACCUGGGCGGAAACCAUCGCCGCACUGCUGGACGCCCAGAACAACUUCCUGUCAGCUCUCCAGUCUCCUAUCGAGUACCAGAGGAAAGAAGGCGGCAUCACUGUGACCCGUCCGCUAUCGUCUGGACGACCACCGUCAGCCCCGCCCACUCCCAACGGCCAUGCCACUCAGCCUCCUGCCGACAGCGAGCAGGAUGACCAGGAGCUGGUUCUGGUGCUGCAGGACUUCGUGGCGGUGCGGGAAGACGAGAUAUCGGUGUUCCGGGGAGAGAAGGUCCAGAUCCUGUCGUCCAACCAGCAGGGUCAGAGUCUGGUUUACCGGCCGGCCAACAGCGACUCCCCCGCCGCCGAGGGCUGGGUGCCACGGAGCGUGCUCAGAACACAAUGACACGCACACACAAACACACACUGGCUGCAGGGUCAGAGUCUGGUUUACAGUUUCUGGCGGGGGGCAUAAAGAUGGCAGCGCCAACCUGUUCAGACUGUCAACAAUAACAUUAUUGAUCACCUGAAGCUGUGAGGUUACACAUGAUCAACCUUUCACCUGAAUUUAUAGUCCUAGAAAUGGCCGACAUUUCUGGCCUUUUCCUGCAUUACUAAUAAACCACAAUAUAGAUCUACUUAUUUUCUUUUUAGGCCAUGAAGUCCAGAUGAAAUAGAUGGUUGUUCCUCGUAUGCAGUCAAGUCAUUCUGAAGGACGUUAUCAGAAGUUUUAGUCCAAACUUAUUCAUCUUUAAAACACCCGAAAACUCAAAAAUGGUCCUUGUGGCUUUCCGUUCUCUAAGACAUCCAUUUUAUUCGAGGCUGAUAUGCUGACUGACUGUUAGUGAUGGAAAAACUCCGUUAUAAUAUAAAAAUGUUUCCAUACAUACAACACAAAUUCCAAAUACUAUGAAUUCAUCCCCGUAGAACAUAAACAGCUUUUCAGGUGAUAAAACAAUGAAAAUGGAAAAUUAUUGAUUUAUUGUUAAUUAUGGUCUAAAAAACUAACUGGGCUGUGAAGUAAAACUGUUAUUUUCCCGAUUUUGAAGCAUCAACCAACUGCCAGUUCAUUAAUCAAUGACAAUAAAUUCCAGUUUACCCAAAGAUGCACAUUUUACAUGCAAGAAAAAGCUGAAAAUGUGCAUGUUUGAGAAGCUGAAAGCAUUUAAAAAUGACUUGAUGACGAAUCAUUUACACCAACGAAUCCCGUUUGGAGGUCCGUGUUUGUGGACCAGUCGUAAUCAAAGGUCCCCAACCCUUCCUGGUGCUGGGAUGGUCCUGUACGGGACAUGACGGAAGCAUGGCAGCAGGAUGAACAAGCGCCUUUAACAAUCAUGGGACACGGAAUCUUACAUGUGAUCCACUGGCGACCCCUCGAUAGUUGGGAAGCGGACAUGUUGGCGUUGCCAUCAACGACACACUUCAGGCUCUGACCGCUGCUCAGUGCUAAGUCCACAGCAGCAGGUGCUGUUGGUCCCCUCCCGCCUUCCUGGUGCUUCAACCCUGAGCAAAAAACACACUCCCCACCUUCUCCUCCUCUGCCCUCACCUCAUCCAAUCAGACGCCACCAUCAAGCCCCCUCCCCCCGGAGCAGCCAAUCACACUCUCUGAUAACUUCACAAACUAUUUCCUGUGUGUCAGCAGGGGAAGGUCACAUGACCGCGACACAUUACAAACAUAACAACCCAAUGGUCCCAAGACAAUGGGAUGCAAGGAAGCUGCCGUUGCCAUAGCAACCAGAGACAGUGUUAAAAAAAAAGAAAAGAGGCAUAAAGACCCAUUGGCCAAUCAGAAAUGAGCUCUUUGAGUGUCGUCCUGUUAAUAGUGUGUAUAAAGACUGAGGACCCACACACACACACACACACACCACCACUACUCAAGAGGAAGAUUACGAUGAAGACUAUAAUAAUUCAGAUUAAUAGAGUCUGUUUUUCACCUCAGUAGAAAAAAUCAGAGGAACUGUUUGUCAUAUUAAAAUGUGUGUGCGUGAGAGGCGGCGCGUGAGGCUGUGGCGCCGUCCCGUGUGUGUGUUAGGUGGUGUCCCGGUGUAGCGUUGCCAUGACGACUCGUGUUUACGGUGACACCCCCUUUUAUUAUUAUUUUUUUUUUAUUUAUAUAUUUUUUUGUCUUUUUAGCACACUGGAGCUGCUGCCGCCACCCGGUUACCAUGGCAGCCGUCAGCGGCGGCCUCGGCUCCGGUUAGUUUGGAUAUUCUGAUUAUGCAUCCCCGUUUGUGUACAUAGACCGGACGUCCAGCUGCUCGUCCCGGGCCGUCUGUCUCCGCCCGCACGUCAGACAGCAGCAGCCCAACUGUGACUGGCUGUUUCUAUGGAAACGGAAGCAGUAACCGUCUACUUGCUCUCUACCUGUCUCUCUACCUGUCUCUCUCUCUACCUCUCUGUCUCUCUGUCUUGGUUUCUCUGGUGCCAUUCUCGGACAACACCCCAGUCCUUAAGGAGCUGUGCAGCCCGGCUGGUGCUCCGCAGAGCGGCGAGGGUUUAGCAUAGUGCGCUACGAAGGCCGUAGGAGACGCGUAGCACACCUUCAAGGGUUAAAAGUGGAACACUUUGUGUUAAUGGGCAGCUGUGUCUCACUCGAGUCUGUCUGAGGUCAGUGUUCACAUGAACAUGUGGUUAAAUAACUUCAGUUUUGUUGUCAACAUCUUCAGAUUCAGCUCAGUUGAGACCACAGGUCCGUAUAACACUGACAGCAAUGUUUUACAAACCCAGUUCUUAAAAGUUGGAACUCUGUUUAAAAUGUAAUAAAACCAGAAUACAGUGAUUUAUCAGUCUCAUCAGGUCAUAUUUCAUUCCCAGUAUAAGAUGACCAACAUAUCAGAUAAAACUGGUGGAAAACAUGAGCUGAUGAUGAUGGUACAAAGCAGAAACACCUGGAGGAGCACUGGACAACUAACCAGGUUAACUGUUUAUCUUCUACUGGGAACAAAGUCUGAGUUGAUGAGAUCCUGGAAACCAUUGUGUCCUGUUUGUAUUUACAGUGGAGCUGGGGUUGCAUGGCAGCAUCAACUGCAGACAUGACACUGAUCAAGUCCAUUUAUAUAUUAUAUUAUGAUCCUUUAAAAAACUAUUCUAAAUCAUAAUUUCUGUGCAGCUGUGAUGAUCUUGUGCUGAAGUUCAGUCCAUGCAGGUGUUCUGCUGACAGCUGCUCACCUCCAGACAUUUUCCUCCUCAUAAUAAACCGUUUUGAUGAGCAUCUGUUGAUGUAUGAAGCUGAACAAAUGCAGCAAAUCUGACCAACAGCAUCUUAUCUCUGCUUUUAAAAGAAAAAAGUCAGCCCUGUGGGAACAUUUUGAAGCCAAUUAGCUUCAGCAUGUGUCAAAGAAACCCUGUUAAACACAGUUUUCCAUGGUUGUAACAUCCUUAGAGAAAAGCUGCAAACACAGGCAGGCUGAAGCAGUAAAAACCAAGCACCCUGAUCCGGAAACAGCUGAUCAGUCAGCUGAUAUGGGUUCAGAGCCACCGAAGACCUCCUGUAAUGCUCAAAUGGGCUGUGAGAACUAUGCUAAGAUAGAUAGAAAAUGUGCCACCCAGUAAAGAUCCUCAUGGUCUGACGGCAUCUUGAUCAGGAUCAGUGCUCAGGAGUUUUAGAAAAGCUUCUGUCCAGAUGGGAGAGAGACCAGGAAGCAGUCUAAAGGGCCACUACUCCCUGAUCGUCUGAAGUCAGCAGACUGACAGAAUUUCAUUCAUGGUACGGGGUUCAUUCAUACGUUGAGAAAAAUGAUGAGCACAACAUUUAAAAAUUAAUCAUUAAUCAGGAGCUGAACUGAAACUUUGUUUUAUGGAGAAGGAUUUUGUUUUCAUGUCAGCGUCAUGACUGUCGAUGCAAAGUGAAAAGACUUAACUCGGAGUGCAUAGAGGGGGUUUGGGGUGGAUUGUAGAGAACUAGGAAUGGCACAAGAUGGGGCGGUGCACUCUGAGGAGAAGGAAGUUAUGCACUAUGAAGAGUUUAUGGCUGGACAAAGUGCUACACAAAUGGUUGUAAUGAAACAUGAUUUAAUGUUUAAGGUGGAAAAUGUUGCACUACAAAGGCUUGUGACGAUGGAGGAUAGUGCUCUAAGCAGGGUUUAAGGUGGAGGAUAGCACACUGCGACGUGGGAGCUGGUGCACUGCGGGCGUAGGGUGCUGUUUGAGACCUAGCCUUGUUGCCACCUGGCACACUCAACUAACCAAUCAAACAGUGUUAUUUGUACAGAACUAACAGCUGCUAACUGACUGCUAACAGCUCUCUGUCGUUGUUUGUAAUAAACUUCAUUUUUCAUCCAAAAA